AAAAGUAUAAUUGUAUUCCCUCUCGCCGUCGCUACUGCAUUGUCUACUCCGUUCAACGGCUGCCGAUCGGACCAGUUCCUCGUACUUCCCAAGAUCCGCCCCACACCCAUCGCCAUGCAUCGUAAUAGCCUGAUAGUUCUUUCUUCAGAAGAGAAGUGAUCCCACUGUUUGUAUACGCUCACCAAGGUUCUACUGCAGCUAGACCCUUUUCUCAAUGAACUUACCAGCAUGUUUGAGCGUAGUACCGAGAAGGGUUCAGUGUGGGUGACUCUAAAGCGAUCAUCACUGAAAUCCAAGGUGCAGAGAAAUAAAAUGACCACUGCUGGUCAACCUAUCGAGUACAGGUGCCUCAUUCGUGCAACUGAUGGGAAGAAGACAAUUUCAACUUCAGUUGGAGCAAAAGAUCAUCUGAGAUUUCAAGCUUCCUAUUCAACCAUUCUUAAAGCCCAUAUGACUGCUCUUAAAAAGAGAGAGAGGAAGGAUAAGAAGAAGGCACCAGAGGCAGAGAAGGGUCUGAAGAAAAAACCCAGGAAAGUGUGAAAGGGGGGCUCUUUUUGCUUUUGUAGGUUCCUCAAACCAGUGUAACUUCCUUCUCUUCGUUACCCUUGUUUUUAUUCCUUUGACCUGAUGAGUGUUAUGCUUCCCAUAUUUCUAGCAAAACAGAAGGGAGAGGUAGGGUUUUGGAAUUUCAGGAAUUGAACAAUACUUGAUCUUGUCAUUUGUUUAGCCAUUUUUUUACUUGAAAUUUUUUUUAAAAUAUACAUGUGAUUUUACUAUGAUUGUCUGGAAGUUU